AUGGAAACUAAAAAAGAUGAAGCGGCUCUUUAAAAAGAGAAAGAGUUAAAGCUUGAAAAGUUGUUUAAAGAGUUAGAAUAUUCAAUUAAAAAGGAAUAGCAUCGACUAAGCUGGGUAGUUGUUGAAGCCAUUUUGAAGAUAGAUCCUGAAAAUGAAAAGAUUACAGAAUAUCUUAAAUAAAUACCUAAAAUAUAGGAAGACACCUAAGCAUUUGAUUUAGUAGCUUUUAUGAAGCUUGGUGCUAUAUUGCUAACUCCUGGUUUUAUAUUCUUUGCGAUAUUUUAUAAAUUCAUUAAGAAGUCUGAGUAAAAUAAUUAAGAAUAUUUUGAUAAAUUAGAAAAAACUAAAGGAACAGAAACUUCUGAAGCCGAUAAAGCUUCUAAAAUGAAGGAAUCGUUAAAAAAAAUAUAAAAAAGUAUGUAGAAAGACAAGUCUUCAGAAAGUUAAUUAUAAGGAAAAAGUAAAUUUAAAUAUUCAACUAGUUUCUUACUUCCUUAAACUCCAUUUUCGUCAUCUGUGCAGAAACCUUUUAUUUUUAAUAAAUAAUCCGUUUAAAAGACUUUUAGUUUAUAGAAUUAGUUGCAAGGCUCUUUAUUAAAGAUAUUAAAAAAGCUAGUUUGA